AUGGCAUCUUUUGGGCCGAUAUUUGAGUUUUGCGUCGUUGAGAUAAGACCGACGUACUCUACUUCGUCGGCGAUACCUGUCGAAGAGCCACCGGAUGGCGGAUUCUUAGCUUGGUCUCAAAUAGUCCCAGGUCACAUCGCCAAUAUGUUAUCCUGGGGUUAUGGAACAGGGUUUUCUGUAUUUCAACUAUAUUAUAAGCAGUCCAUGCAUUUACCGGCUUCUCAGGUGGCCUGGGUCGGUUCGAUACAGAUUUUUCUCUGCUUCGAGGUCGGUAUGAUCUCCGGUCGGCUCUCCGACGCCGGAUACCCGAGACUUUUAUACGGCAUCGGAGCCCUAGUAACCGUGUUCGGCAUGUUCAUGACCAGUCUCGCAACAACGUACUGGCAGGUCUUGCUCGCACAAGGAUUCUGCACGGGAAUUGGCGGUGGUUUAAUGUUCAUGCCAGCGACGGCCAAUGUCGCUACAUAUUUCAAAAAGAACCGGUCACUUGCCGUCGCCCUGAACGGAUGCGGGUCGAGCACUGGCGCAAUACUGUUCCCGGCUCUCGUCCAAUUCCUUACACCAAAGUUAGGCUUUGGAUGGGCGGUCAGAAUAUGCGGGUUCAUAGGCAUUUUCUUGUCCGUCAUCGGAUUCUUCCUCUUAAAGCCGCGGAAACUGCGAAGAAUACCGGCUCCCAUUUUCGACUGGAAUGCCUUCAGGAACCUCCCUUAUUCCACGUUCUCUGCCGGCGCGUUCCUCAUAUAUUUCUCCCUAUUUACGAUGUUAAUAUACAUCAACUCAUUUGCCCGUGAGAGCAUCGGACUGAGCAACCAAGAAUCGAUCAACUUCGUCCUGGUCACGAACGCGGUUGCUAUACCGGCUCGACCCAUUUUCGGCGUGAUCGCUGACCGCUAUGUCGGCCCUGUCAACACAUUCGGCAUAAAUUGUAUUGCGCUAGGGGUCAUGGCGUUUGGUUGGAUAGGUGUGCAUACACGAUCAGAUAUGUAUGCCUAUUCCGUGGUGAUGGGGUUUGUAAACGGAGGCGCUCAAGGGAUCUUUAGCUCGGCCGUUAGUAGCUUCGUUAACGACGUCAGGAAGAUGGGUACGUGGAUAGGUAUGGUAUUCGCGCUUUGCGGGUUUGCUACUUUGGCUGGCCCUCCUACUAUGGGUGCCAUCAUCGAUACCAGCGGAGGGAGGUAUAUAUGGGGGCAGCUCUGGGCAGGAUUAACAAUUGUUAUCGGGGGUCUUUUUAUCCUCGCAUCAUCCAGAAUGGUGAUUAAAGACCGAGGGGGGAAUCUGUGGACUAAAGUCUAA